UUAACCCGGCCAACUAUUUCCAUGAGCGGGCAAGCAGUGAUUGGGGAGACCAUCACUAUCUUGUGUACAAUUAACAAUGGACCCGUGAACUUCUAUCUCCAUAAGAAUGGAAGCCAAAGCCCAAGCCACGCCAUAGUCACCAACUUUGACAAGGCCACACUUUCCAUCAGCAAUAUCAGCUGGGAGCACAGUGGGAACUAUAGCUGCAGCUAUGUAUUAGCUGACAAACCUCUUGUGUACUCACAGACCAGUGACACAUUGCAGCUUUGGGUAUCAGACAAGCCAGAUUAUACCAAGGAAAACAUAAUUCACUGUACUAUUGGAGUACUGAUCCUUCUUCUCCUUGGCUAUCUUGUGGCUUUGGAAUGUCAGAGCACAAAGAUGUAUGAAAUCAAGUCCCAACAACAUCCAAGGAAGGAAUCCUUGGAUGAAUCCACUUUGCCACUAGCCCCAGCCCCAGCAUCAUCAACUGAACAGGAAAAUACAAACCUUUCACUUGUCAACAAAACCACAACCUGUUUGUGAUACAGUGUGAAGAUGAAAUCAUUUUCUCAAGCUGCACAACAUUUGAGAAACUGCUUUGCUUUGGCCUAACCAUAGUGGAACCAUCAGUGGAUCACAAGACACAUCGAAAAGAAACUUAAUUUAUCUUUUGUACUUCAUGGUCACCAAAAUGUCUUUUUUUUUUUUAAUUUCUUGCAAAGGAUAUUGAGAAGCUUUAGUCUGUUGUACUGCACAGGAAAAACUGAAAUGAAUCUAGACUUCAUCAUAUGUAGUGUGCGUCUACACUGUAGAAAUAAUGCAAUUUGAUACCACUUUAACUUCCAUGGUUCCAUCCUACAGAAA